AUGCUAAAAAACAUGGAGAGUGAAAACGACGACAGUGGGGCAGCUCCCGACAAAUGGGCUCGUAUUACGUCCGAGUCGUCGCUUUCCGCGCUCGCCCGCUGGUGGUAUCGUUCGGCAUCACAGAAAAACACAAAUCAUGCAGAGCGUCACGUGAACGAGUUACCUGGUGAGCAAGUAGGCACUUCAACUGCAACGGGAUGGAGCUCGGCGCUGGUGGCUCCUGAACCAGCAGCGCGAGCAGCGGAACGAGCGCGCUCCUCAAACGCUCAAGGUGCCACAGGGGAACCUGCGGUGCAGCAGCGCUCGCCAGCUGAUAGCCCUCCUCGGAAACUGGUUCACGCUGGUGUACCUGCAACGCAGACCGCUGCCUCCUCUAGCCCGAACCUCAAGCGACGGAGUGUUGGACAGAUCACCAUCGACGCGUCCGCUGUGCUGCUGUCCCCGGAGAUGCUGCACAAACUCGUAAAGCCGGACAUGGCCGGCUAUCUCUAUUAUCGCUGGCGCAUGCGUUGGCAGCGAUGUUGGUUGUCCCUGGACGGUUCGCUGCUGCGAUUCUUCGAACACGACCCACGAACGGGACGGCGUGGCCGGCUCAUUCACACCAUCUCUCUCUUCUACUGGGACUAUAUUCGAACGCCAAGUUAUAGCGAUCCACGACGUCCCUAUAUUUUGGAAGUGAAAGAUGCCAAGGGCGUUGUGCACUAUUUCGCGGCAGACUCCGAGGAGGAUCUGAUCUGCUGGAAGGAGGCAUUCUUCCGCGCACGCUCGGUUGCACCACCCGCACAUGCGAUUCCCUCCAUGGCCGAGGCGGCCUCGGUUGUCGCCAAAACAAAUAUCCAGAAGGGCCAACAAACGAACGAUGCGGUGACCCAUCGCCGUAGUAUUCGCGGCAUGUUGGCGGAAGUGACCCCACCGCAACAUUUGAUCUGUAUCGUUCACGGCAUUGGAUCUGAUGAACAGCGGCUGCGCGAGAACCUGAAAAACUUUCAUGAUGCGCUCGAUGAGGUUAUGCAGAACACGCUUCCCGAUGCGCUAACGCACUUUGGGAUUAAGACAAUAUACUGCCAUUGGCGUGCAGCGCUGCGAAAGCUCGAUGUAUACCAACGGAUGCUGCAGCUCAAUCCACUGGGCGACCAAACACCGUCGCGCUGGCGCACACUCGUCAACAACAAGUUGAUGGAUAUACUGUUUUACUUGACGCCUCGAAUCAAACGCUUUAUUCAGUGCGAAGUGGUCGCGCAACUCAACGAAGAGUACGAGCGGUUCCGCCAGAAGUAUCCGGAAUUUCGCGGCGAUAUUUCUAUUCUAGGUCACUCGCUUGGAAGCGUCAUUUCGUACGAGCUGCUGGUUCAGCAAGUGCUCAGUGACCCUAUUAUGUUGGAACGUGAAGGCCUGCGCCUACGUUUUCCCGUGCACAACCUGUUUCUAACCGGAUCGCCGCUCGGGCACGUGCUCAAUGUCGAUGAUCAUCUUCGAUCCACUAUAGGAUACUGGCCGUUCCGACUGGUGAACAUUAUCAAUCCCAGCGACCCGGCCGCCUGUCGAAUUGAACCGAUUCUGGACCCGUUCUUUGCCGAUAUUCCACCGGUGGAGAUCCCUGCGAUGGCUGGUGGUGCGAGCUCGUGGUUGUCGUUCCAGUCCACUGGUCGCUCUGGCAGGGCGCGCACCGCUAACGCCAAGGAUGGUAGUGCAGACGGUAGCGGCAGCGGCGACUUUGUCAGCGACCACGAUUCAGGGACCUUGUCCUGCGCACCGGUUGCGGCGUCAACAGCAGGCAAGCAACUGGGCAGCGCAGCGUUCAAACCAAGAAAUGGCACUUCGCCGGUGCAACGCGAGCUCCCCGAAGAGUCGUCGACGGGAGACCCCGCGACUACGCAGCCCCUGCACUGGACACGAUCGCCGCAGCCUCAUGGAUGGUUCCCCCAGCUCGAAACUGUUCGCAAGUUGGUCUGCCAGUUUCGGAUCGAUUAUGUGAUGCGACCAAAUUUUAUGGAAGAUCUGUGGGGCUUGUCGGCGCAUUUGAAUUACUGGCGGUCGCGAGAUGUGGCCUAUUUUAUUAUCCAGUAUAUUCUGCGACAGCAACUGGAGCGACAGCACCAACAAUCCGUCGCAACGAGUCCGCGCAUUGGGAAAGCGCAUGAGCACCAGUCACAAAGCAGGGCACAAGGAGCAACGCCUUGCCCGACGGUCUGCCCGGGGCCGGCAAGCCCGUCACCCGCAUCGGGUCUGGUGCAGCCCGAGUCAGAAGCCAGCAACGGGCAUACGACAAGAGCCGCUCGAGCAGAGUCCAAUGCAAACAUCGCUGCAUCGAUUCGUGAUGAUCGCGCUGCGUCCAUAUCGGGUACAGCGGAAGCGUUGGAUCCAGCGCUGCCAUACGCGUCGUACGCACCCGGCACAGCACUACUGGAUGCGUCGGAAAAGCGCCUUCCCGCCGACAACAAGGUCGAGCGCUCGGUAGUCGCAACGCCUCCACAUGGUAACGACGACGGGCAGGCACGCGACGGCAUGCCAACGAUGUUAUGUGGCGUCUCGACGGCCGUUCCGCAGCAAGUAGGCGGCGACCUCACAAAGGACGACGCCGAGCGGGCACAGGCAGCACCCGAGCGCCCUGCAGUGGUGCACCAGUCUGUGCCGCCUUCCAAUCGUCUGUCUGCUGCGUAUCCGACGGUGCGGUCGGCGUUUAUGACACGGCUCGACGGCCUGCGCGCAGAGACCCCUAUCGGAACAGCGGCUGCAGCGGACUCGGAUCCAGUUGGUGCGAUGAGUGACACGAUGCGCACACCGGAAUCGUUUUACUCGAGCGAAGACGAUGACCAGCGCCCUGCAUCCGUGUGA